AUGAUUAAACUUAUUGUUUUUUCUUGUUUUUUGGUUUCUUGUAUUCUUUCGAAACCUACAGAUGGUUUACAAAACUAUCAAUUAUUAUCCUAUCUUCCACUUCAAAUCUCAAUGAGUUUGGAUAAAGAAGAAUUAACAAAUGGUCCACCAAAAUGUUUGGAAAAUGAUAUUCACUCUAUCGAUUUUUCGGCUUACUCAAGGUUUGUUUUUUACAUUAGAUGUUUUUCAAAAACAAAUUUAUAAUAACAAAUGAAAUCUUCAGAAAUUUCUCACUCCGCCUUCAAAAAGUCUGCCAAAGUGUGGAAGAAGGAGAGGAACUUCUAUCUUCAAGUGGUGAUUUUCUGGAAAUCGAUGAGAUGACUAAAACUAUCACAUACUUUCAAGGAUUUCUUGAGGGAGAGAAAAAUUCAACUGUUGAUGGAACAAUUGAAAAUGGGGUUUUUGAAGGUGUUAUCAUUUCCGAAGAUCAUCAGAAAUAUCUUGUUGAAAGAUUGAACCCGUAAGUUUUGAUCUCUUAUUAUAUAAUAUUAUUUGUGUUGUUUUACAGAAGUAUCAAUGGAUCACACUCGCUGAUUUAUCAUGUUCAAUCGAAGAAACAGAUAAUCGCCACUUUGUUUUCCGAAGGAGGAUCAUCUGGUGAAUUACCAUCGGAUUUGGUUGUCAACGAGGGAAGUGGACUAAAUUGA